AUGACGGAUAAACAAAAAUCAGCGGGGAGGAAAAAAACAGGCGCCAGUAUAGCCGGUCAGCUAUACCUUCUAAAUAAAGGCCGAAAAUGGCUAUACGCUUUAUAUUUCCCUCCCUGCCUGGUUCGCUUCACCGAAUCACUUCCCAUCAAAGUCUUCAAGUUCAAGGCCAAAAAAGAGGUGGGCAAUUCCUCAUUUGAGCUCUUAUGGCGUCUCCCAAUACAUCAAAGAAAAGCAAGAAAGAUAGGAAAAUUGAAGAAAAACUUAAGCUUGGUUCCAGUCGAGCCUAAAGCCCCAGACUCUGGCCGGUGGGAUAGUUUCUUCAACCCAACACUUGGGGAAUAUACAGACAUAGAAACACAUAGUCGGGCUUUGCUUGUUGUCAUAGACUAUGAAGUCGCAAUUCACCUCUGGAAGGUUGACAAGUUUGAGUUUGUUGUCUGCACGAAUGCCUAUAUUGGCGUCGUUUUUGGCAGCGUUGAAAUUGGACUAGUCUUAGCGGUUGCAAUAUCUGUGAUCAGGGUACUUUUGUUUGUGGCAAGGCCAAGGACUUUUGUUCGAGGAAACCAUCCGAAUUCCAUGGUUUACAGAAAUGUUGAGCAGUAUCCCAAUGCAUGCAAUGUUCCUGGAAUUCUCAUACUUGAGAUUGAUGCUCCCAUUUACUUUGCAAAUACCAACUACUUAAGACAAAGGCACACAGGUUGGAGAGGACUUGAUGAAGGCAUCUGGGUCAUCAAACGCCAUAGAAAAGCAACCUGCUCUGCUUCAGAUGGUACCAAGAAAAGAAAUACCAGUUUCAAGAAAAUAAAUAGUGAUGCAGGAGCUCGCGUGAGUGACUAUGCUGUCAGUGAGUUUGUUCGUGUGGGCUUUGAGAAUGAUGCAACAACUACUCACAGAAGAUCUAAGGUUUCUAAUUCAACAUUCCAUCUCAACCAGCUGCAAUGGCACCACAGUCAAUAUGAUUCGAAUGUAAUUUUCCAAGAGGAAGCUUGGUUUGAAUCAGUGAGUAUUUUGGAGUUUGACUCGGAUGAUGACUUUAUCAGUAUACAUGGAGAUGGUUUUCCAUUAGCAAGCAAUCCAGUUGGGAAUAUCUCAAGUGGCCAAGUACUUCAGUACGAAAUAUCUGCUCGCUUUGUUGAUAAUGGGUGUAGGUAUGAAGAAUUCCAAAGCUAUAUGAAAAUAGAUGGAGGGAAAUCAGAUAAAAUCACAGGCAAAGAUGAGCGCAGGGAAUCAAAUUGGUUUUCGCUUGUUAGUACCAAGGGCUAUGAGCUUUCUCGCUUAGGGAAGGCUGAUGAAGUUUGCAAUCCAAAGGUUCUUGGGAAGAUGAAUCCAUUAUCUCAGAAAGCAAAGAAUGGUGGUUCAUAUUUUUUGGAAAAUAGUAUAGCCGCGCGGCUUAUUGCAAAACAUCUUACUGCUGAACAUCCAGUUGGGAAUAUCUCUAGCGGCCAAGUACUUCAGUACGAAAGAUCUGCUCGCUUUGUUGAUAAUGGGUGUAAGUAUGAAGAAUUCCAAAGCUAUAUGAAAAUAGAUGGAGGUAAAUCAGAUAAAAUCACAGGCAAAGAUGAGCGCAGGGAAUCAAAUUGGUUUUCGCUUAUUAGUACCCAGGGCUAUGAAUCCAUUCUCUUAGAAAGCCGUGCGGCUAUACUUGGUUUUUUUUCAAAUAUUCUAGUUAAUCGGACUCGAACUCAUCACUACGAACGUUUAGUGCACAGAGCAAGCCCGUUCCAGGUUUGGAGCAGUGUUCGAAAAAUCGGCCUAAGUGCUGGGCGGGAGAGGACACCGACACCAGGGAGUUUGGGAGGGCCUAGGCGGCCUGGGUGGAUCUCGGCGGCCUGGGCGGGUCUGGUCGCCAUGGCGGGUCUGGGCGCCAGGGCGGGUCGUGUCCUUUUAUUUCCAAAUGAAGACAGACGAAGCUUGCUGGUGUGA